CAUAGCCGUUGAUUGGCCGUUUGCUGGGGAAAUUUCUCCGCGCUUCGGAGGACUCGAGGCGCGACAGGUCGACGACGGCGCUGUAGAAGUCACUAGCGUGCGGAACCGUGCACCGUGAGUGCAACUUCAGGCCUCAGUUAUCGUGCGCGAAUCAAGGUGCUCUCUUCACACGGUUCGUGCGUAGCAAAAUGGCCGUUCGACUUAAGCGAGUGUGACGUUUCUCGACGAGUGGUGUUCGCGUCCGACGACAAGCCGCGCACAGUUUUCCAUGAAUAUUCGCACGUGCGACGCGGUGCCGCAGUGUGUCUCGCGUUCGUCCGCCUCUACGCGGAAGCCAGCUGUUCGCGCGGUCAGAGAAGGCCAAUCUUUUCAGAAGAUGGAUGCUCGAUGCAAAGCAUAGGUAUGCUCCCUGGAAAUACUUGACGGUCCUGGUUAAGAGCGAUAGCACACAGUAACUAUCUCAUCGAUGAAUGAGAAAGAGACGAUUAAUCGCGAGGAGUAACUAACCGAAGUAAUCUUUCUCAAAAGACACGCGACUAGACGACGGCGAUCGACGGCAUCUGAUAAGUCCUCGCAGUCGAGUUGAGGACAUCCUAUGCGGUUCCGACGUCAUCCUUCACGCCGCCGUCGCUCAUAGCCGGAGAGAGAGAGAGAGAGAGAGAGAGUGUCAUUCGCGCCUCGACGUGUCAAACGUUGUCGAGAACGAAUGUGUACCACAGAUUGCCCCAGGAAUUCGCGCACGGCGCGUCAGGACACUCGUCGGCGUGUGCAACUUUUCGGAGUGCAACGCGACGCGCGGAGGUUGAUAGAGCCUACUGUGGCAGCUGCCAUGCCAACAUACCACAAUGCGGGUGGUGGAUACCCGAACGUGUCAGCGCCAGCGCGGCAAGCAAAGCUCGACGGCAAUCAAAAUCAUCAUACUAUCCCUUCAAACGUAACGUCCCAUCCCCUCAUACAAAACAGCACUCAGCAGCAGCACAGCGUACCUUCCAACCUGACUGCAGGUAACAUUCCGUCCCACCCAGUAUCGCCGACAAUGACCACGCACUCGAGUGUCACCGCCCCGAAUAUCACGACGCACAUGAACACCGCCGCUUCGACGCCGGUGAUCCUUACCUCAAACGCGAUUAAUCCGGGCAAUACCACCGCUUUGCCGGUCAAUCCGAGACACGAAGUGAAGCUGAAUGCUAUGCCAUGGUUCCAUGGAAAGAUAUCGAGGGAAACUGCGGAGAGGUUGCUGCGGCCGCGCGAGGACGGCCUAUUCCUAGUUCGAGAGUCCACCAACUUCCCCGGUGAUUACACGCUGUGCGUGUGCUACCAAGGUCGCGUGCAGCACUACAGGGUGAAGUACAAGAACAACCAAUUAACGAUCGACGACGAGGAGUUCUUCGAGAAUCUGGCGCUUUUGGUCGAGCAUUACGAGCAGGACGCGGACGGUUUGUGCACGCAACUGACCAAGUCGCUGCCGAAGCAGGGCAAGCAGGACUUUUGCGUGGAUCCGAAGGCCUUCGUCGAGGCCGGUUGGGUGAUUCAGACUCACGAUUUAGAAUUAAGAGAGUGCAUCGGAAAAGGGGAGUUCGGGGAUGUGCUGUUGGGCGUUUAUCGGGGGGAGAAGGUUGCGGUGAAAAUGCUGAAGGAUAACAGCGAGGCGGCGCAAAGGUUUCUAGCCGAGGCGAGCUUGAUGACCUCGUUGAUUCAUGACAAUCUGGUUAAGUUACUCGGUCUCGUUUUUAAUAAUCAACACAUGUACCUGGUUACGGAAUAUAUGAGCAAGGGAUCUCUGGUGGAUUAUUUACGAUCGAGAGGCCGGCUGCACGUCUCGAAGAAGGAUCAGAUUAACUUCGCAUACGAUACGUGUGCCGGCAUGGCGUAUCUGGAAUCCAGACACGUCGUGCAUCGAGACUUAGCAGCGAGGAACGUUCUGGUGGCUGAAGACAACUCCGCCAAAGUGUCCGACUUCGGCUUGGCGCGGGACGAAAACUUUUCUCUCGACGGCGGGAAGCUGCCGAUCAAGUGGACUGCACCGGAAGCUUUGAAACAGAGCUUUUCAAACAAGUCUGACAUGUGGAGUUUCGGAAUUCUUCUCUGGGAGAUCUACUCCUUCGGUCGCGUGCCGUACCCGCGAAUUCCCUUAGCCGAUGUUGUGAAGUGUGUGGAAAAAGGAUACAAGAUGGAGCCACCGGACGGAUGUCCUCCGGAGGUUUACGAUAUUAUGAGACAGGCAUGGGAUUUGCAGCCAGAAAAGAGACCGAGUUUUCACGACAUAAAAGUGACACUUGGCCAGUUGAGAGCUGAGUACACCAAAGGCGUGAAUUAAGGAGAAACUUAAUACAGUUAUAAACGAACUUAGCGAGUCAACGCGGGACUGAGUAAUAUGACCGAAUAAUUUCUGAAUUUUUGAAAUAAAGGUAGUGAUUUUGAAUAUUUUUAUUAGAAAGAACGAAAUGAUGAAAGGAAGGAAAGAGAGAGACACGACUUCUAUUGUACAUUGUAUACAAACAUAGUAUUCGCUUUGCUUAUAUUUAUUGUUACUUUAGUUUUGGAGAAAAACGGGAAGAGUUUUAAUUUUUAUAUAGCAAUAUUUUGCACAAGCAUUACCUACGUCAAUCGUGCCUUUGUCCAAGUUGACGUUCUCGACUAGGAAAUUCAACUUGCGCAUGUGAAAUCCGGAUAUAUUCGGGAAGAAAUCAACAAAAGAUGCAUAAUACCCGACAUUAAUCGCCUACUAUUUAACUUGUAAUAGCCAUGUCUUUUCAAAGUCCAUUAUGGCGAUGGUAAAAUUCUCUCUCUGCUCUGCAACGGUUCUUUUUUUUUUU